CACUGAAUACCUUUACAUGUAGCUCUCAUAUUGUCGUCUGCCCGAGGUUAUAAACGGAAAUUAAACCACUUGUUGGUUCAGAUUUAUUUUAGACACGACAGUGGUUGCACUCAGUGUUCGGUGUUUUUUCUCUGUGAUUUUAAUUUAAGUUUGAAAAACAUUGACUUUUUCGUUGGUCAUUUGUAAAUUUGUGAAAUGGCGGACACCGCAGUUGAAAGUGGAAUUAUGACACCUCAUAAUACUAACAUGGACAAAAAGGAUUCGGCUUACAAAAGAAGCAACAAGCCAUUUAUGGAGAAGAAAAGAAGAGCUCGAAUCAACAACUGCCUCACACAACUGAAGACGCUUGUGUUACAGGCGAUGAGAAAAGAUACGAACCAGUACUCCAAGCUCGAGAAAGCGGACAUCCUAGAGAUGACGGUAAAGCACUUACGUCAGCUGCAACGUCAGCAAGUCAGCCAGGCGAUCACGUGCGACCCUAACACCGUCACCAAGUACAAGAGCGGCUUUAACGAGUGCGCAAACGAGGUCGUGCGGUACCUGAGCUCCGUGCCGGGCGUCGACAGUGACGUCAGAAGCAAGCUAAUCAACCAUCUCGGGAACGUCGUAACGCAGGUCAACGGCGCCUCGCCGGAAGUUUCUCAGCAGCCGCUCAACGUUCAGAUUCCCGCCGCCGUUGGUCAUAACGGUCAAGCUAUGCAGAACGGGUGCCUUCUGAUGACUACCGCGGGCGUUCACCCGUCGACGGUUGUUCUCCAGCAGAAAUCCAGCCCAACAAACGUUGCUGGAUUGUAUAGUCAAGGACAUAUAAUUCAUAACAUUCAUCAGCAGCAACAACAACAGCAGCAGCAACGGUUAUACGCAUCGCAACCCCAGUUCUGUGGAUCGUUUCAAAUUGUGCAAAGUCCGGGGUCGUCAUCGCCAGUGGCAGUGUAUUUGGGUCAAACACAAACAUUCCAGCAGCAAUAUCAGCCUCAUCAUCAUCAACAACAGCAGCAAUACCAACACACUACUCAACCGUCUCCAACAGACAGUUUAUCAAGAUCUCCUCCUCGCACAAAGGCCAGUCUGAAAGCAUUUGACUCUAGCUUUUCGCAAAUGUCGGACUCCGAACAUUCAAACGCAUCGUCGCCAUCUUGUUCUCCUGCGUCAUCGCCCACGUCAUAUCCUACGUCAGUGCUGACGUCACAUUUGGAAUACACCGUUAAAUGCGGUCGCACGCCUAGUCCGCUAAAAGUGGACGAUGUUUGGCGUCCAUGGUGAUCACGAUUGAAAUUAAAACAUUUUGUUCAAAACUAAUGCUGGCGUUAAGUUUUAUGUUUAUUUUACCGUUUACCUUUUGUUAAAUUGUUAUUGAAGAUUGUUCGUCAUUAUGUAAGAAAUUGGGACCAACUGUUAGUAUGUGAUGUUCUUCUGAUCGUUCGUCAUUUUGUAUGAGAAUGAUACCAAUAUUUACCACGCAUAGUUUAUCAUAUUUUACACUGGCAACAUUUCUAAGGUUUUAAACGAUGUCAGUUUCUAUUUCUUUGAUAGCUAACUGUUUACUUUUACAUUCAAAACUUGUGCCUUUUCCAUAGUGCUUAGUAUGGUAUCGAAAUCGUUUUUGAUAACGCAUGUUUUUGUUAUAUAUUUUUGAUACAUACCUGUUUAUUGUUCGUAUUUUUAUAUGAACGAAUACAUGUUUAUAUUUUAUUAAAAUUGAAAAAAUUACUUGCAAAAAAAAUUUUAAAAUGAAUAUGAUUAUC